UCAUUUAACACUCUUACUAAAUAGGAAGAAGAAGAGGGAAAAGAAAGUUGGGUGUUGUCCAUUUACUUGUGCAAUUCUAACAAAUGGUUGAUGAUUUAUGUAGAAUUUCAAGCGUUCAACCAUAGAUCGAUCUUCAAGAACAGAAUCUGCCGAGCAAGACGAAAAGAGGAUACCAAAUUAUGCUUCUAACUCCGUAUCCGAGACUUCCGUCUCCGUUACUAGCUGCCAAGUCUAAUCCUGAAUCAUCAUUGACCAGAAGAGCCAGGGCUUCUUAUUCUACUUCUAAUUCCUAUUAUUGGUUGUUUCUGAGACCGAACCGUAGAUUUAAUGGCUUCAAGCUCAAGUCAGCUACAGUCCCGGAAAACGUGGAAGGAGAUGUGGAAUCUGGAGGUCUGGUCAAAGGGCUGAAGCUAGGAGCCAUGUUCGGAGUUUGGUAUCUUCUCAAUAUCUACUACAACAUCUUCAACAAACAGGUCCUUAGGGUUUAUCCAUAUCCAGCGACUGUAACAGCAUUUCAAUUCGGGUGUGGAACGUUGAUGAUAGCAAUAAUGUGGCUCCUCAAACUCCAUCCUCGCCCAAAAAUUGCUCCUUCUCAGCUUCCGGCGAUCGUACAGCUAGCAGCAGCUCACACAUUAGGAAACUUUUUAACAAACGUGAGUUUGGGAAGAGUAAACGUCUCUUUCACCCAUACAAUCAAAGCAAUGGAGCCUUUCUUCACCGUCUUGUUCUCUGUUCUCUUGCUCGGUGAGUGGCCGAGUUUGUGGAUUGUUUGUUCCUUGUUACCAAUCGUCGCUGGAGUUUCUUUAGCAUCUUUCACUGAGGCCUCUUUUAACUGGAUUGGUUUCUGCAGUGCAAUGGCAUCUAAUGUAACGAACCAAUCACGCAAUGUUCUCAGUAAAAAAUUCAUGGUUGAAAAGGACGCUUUGGACAACAUCAACCUUUUCUCUGUAAUAACCAUUAUCUCCUUUAUCUUACUGGUUCCUGUCGCAAUCCUCAUCGAUGGGUUUAAGUUUACUCCUUCACAUUUUCAACUAGCUACAAGUCAGGGCUUGACUGUAAAAGAGUUUUGUUUCAUGUCUCUUCUGCCUGGUGUUUGCUUGCAUAGCUACCAACAGGUUCGUCCGUAUAGUUCAGGUUUCGUAUAUGAUAUUAGAGAUGGUGUCUCCAGUCACACACUCUGUAGGGAAUUGCGUGAAGCGUGUGGUGGUUAUUGCAUCAUCCAUUCUUUUCUUCCAAACUCCAGUCUCGCCUCUUAAUUCCAUAGGUAUGGCGACUGCAUUAGCUGGCGUUUACUUGUACACCAGAGCCAAGAGGGCCAAAGUCAAACCAAACCCAAAAUCUUGUUAAACUUUUUCUUUUGGUUUGAAACUUCUUGAAGUUGUAUAUAUAUAUAAAAAAAAAUUAUAGAAGCUCUUUGAUUUUCAUUC